UCCAUGUUUGUCAGUUUUGUUUUAUGUGAAAAAAUAAAGUAUGUGAUAUACGCUCAUUAAAUAUAUGGUUUUAUUGAUAGUAAGAAGGAACAUGGAGACUUCCACAAGUGUAUAUUAAUUAUGAGUUUAACACGAAGUACUUACUAAAUCCAUGGUAAUACCGUUAAAAAUGUGUCAAUGUUAAGUCAACUCUUGAAACUUUUGUGUCAAUGUCAACCAGUGCCGUCGCGUCAAUUCGUCUAUAUACAAUUAAGAAGAAAUUUAUUUUGGUUUGGUAUACCGGGGUUAUGUACUACUGCAUGAAAUAAAAGUAGGUAGGUACUUACUACUGAGAGUGAUUUUAUAAAUUGUAACAAGAAAUGAAAGCUCAGGAUAACAUGCCUUUACCCAAGUCGUGUGAUACAUUUGUCGUAAUGCCUAACCUUACAAAACAUGGCAAAGUGAUAUUUGGUAAGAAUUCGGACCGUCCACAGAACGAAGUACAAGAAGUCGUUUGUAUUGGGAGAGGCACUAGAGAUACAAAACUGAAGUGCACCUACAUAUCAAUUGAUGAGAGUCCAAAAAUUGUCAAUAGUGUAAUUUUGAGCAAACCUGCUUGGAUGUGGGGGGCUGAGAUGGGCAGCAAUGAUAAGAAUGUGGUGAUUGGCAAUGAAGCUGUGUGGACAAAUAAUAAUGAAGGGAAUGGAGAUGCUAGACAAAAACGCUUGCUAGGAAUGGAUCUUGUCAGAUUAGGUUUAGAGAGAGGAGACACAGCUUUGGAAGCCUUAGAAGUGAUAAUCACUCUCCUUGAAAAAUAUGGACAAGGUGGGCCAUGUUCUGAGUUUGAUGACAGCCUCAUCUACCAUAACUCUUUCUUAAUAGCAGAUCCUCUUGAAGCCUGGGUGUUAGAAACUAGUGGCACACUAUGGGCUGCAGAAAAAAUUGAAAAAGGUUACAGAAAUAUAUCUAAUGGUCUGACUAUUACUACAAAUAUAAAUAAACACUCUGAAAAUUUACAUGAAAAAGCGAAAGAUAUGGGUUUGUGGGAUGGACAGAGUGAAUUCAACUUUAAAAAAUGCUUUUCUGCCGGCGGUGACAUUGUGAGGCAACAGGAAGGGGUGAAGCUUUUGAAAGAACAUACUGCCAAAGCUACCUUUGAUGUACACAAUAUGUUUGCCAUAUUGAGGGAUAAAGAGAGUGGCAUCUGUCGAGCAUGUGACGACUCAUUCCCUACCCAAGGCAGCCAGGUGUCAGUGCUGUCCUCCACUGGGGUAAAUAUCCACUGGUUCACCGCGACACCGGAUCCCAGCGUAUCAUAUUUUAAACCCUUCAUAUUUACACCUGGAGUUCAAGUUUCCACAUACACAGCUAGCCCAGAUGAGCCACUACGAGAACAUCACUUAUACAAGCUUCAUUCAAAUUUUGUACUCGGAGGGAAUACAAAAAAUACAGUCCGGCUUCUACAAGACGAGGAAAAUCGUUUUCUUAAAGAUAUAGCAUUUUUUUACCAAGAUUUCAAGAAUAACCGAUUGCCGUUAGAUGAUUUUAAAGACUUAAUGAAAAAAGCAGUACAGGUAGAAAUUAACUUAUUAAGUCGAAGAUAAUUCACUUAAUUUUACUGAUAGGCUGAUUGUCUCAGUAUGGUUUUCUCUCUAUUUCGCUCACGCAGAAGUUGAGUAUAAAUUAGAUGAAAUAAUAAGAAAAGCUAGUCCUUCGGAGUUUCUAUAUAGUUCUAUAAAUAAAUAAUGUUAUAUUGUUAAUUAUGUUCACAUAUACUUUUAAAUAAUUCUUUAAAAAGAUAUUUAUCAAAGAAUAAACUUAAAUUGUGUAUAUAACAAUAUUUAAAAAGAUAGAGUUCCUGUAAUCUUUAAUAUUAUACUGUGAUCAUACGUGUAAGUAUUAAAUUAUGUUAUUUUGGAGGUGACCAUUCCAGCUUUUGUUUAACGAGAUUUAUGAUAAGUAUAUUAAUUACUAGCUGAUGCCUGCGACUUCGUUCGCGUGGCCGAAAAAUUUUUGGUAAGGAGUCAAAAUAAUUGUUAGAGAAAUUUAAUUGUACAAAUGUAAUGAUACCUAUACAUACAGAAGAUGCUAAUCAGACUGAAAAAGUAUACUUUCUAUAUUUUAGCGGAACUAUUAUGACUCUUCUUCAGGUGUUCCAGAUCUUCGAUUUUUAUACCUCAACAGAAAAUGCUCAUUAGACUGAACAACUUUUAUAAGAGCGUCAUUUCUGUUUCCUUUACCUGUACUAUCAUAGGUCUACAUCAGGUGUUCCAGAUCUUUGAUUUUUAUACCUCUACAGAAAAUGCUCAUCACAUUGAACAAUUUUUGUUAAGUCGUCAUUUCUAUAUUCCUAUAGUUUACCUGUACCAUCAUUGUUCUUCAUCAGGUGUUCAAUUUUAUGUUGUCCAGGCUUAAUAGCUAUAUAACAAAAAAGUUUCAUUCAAAUCCGUCCAGUAGUUCCGAAGAUUAUCGUAUACAAACAGAUAGAAUUUGAAAAUUUUUUUUCAAAUUCUUACUGUUUCUGGGACUCUAUAGACCAAUUUUAUAUUUAUGUAAAUUUAUUCAAUGUACAUGAUUUUUUUUACUGUUUUAUUAUAUGUAUUGAUGACAACUAUUAAUAAAUAAGACAUUUUAUGCUUAGA